GGGCGGCGGGGCCGGGCGGCCAUGGAGCACAUCAGCACGCCGAAGGUGGAGAAUGUGAAGCUGCUGGAUCGCUACACCAACAGGAAGGCGGCGACCGGGACACUGUACCUGACAGCCACCCACCUGAUCUACGUGGAGGCUUCUGCUGAAGUCAGGAAGGAAACAUGGAUCCUACAUCACCACAUUGCCAGUGUGGAGAAGCUGCCCCUGACCACAGCUGGGUACCCCCUGCUCAUCCACUGCAAGAACUUCCAUGUGGCUCACUUUGUCCUGGGGCAGGAGCGGGACUGCCACGACGUGUUCACCUCCCUGCUCAAGCUCUCACAGCCAGUGAAACCUGAAGAACUUUAUGCUUUCUCUUACAAUCCUAAAAUGUCUAAAGAGAACCGGGAAAUUGGGUGGAAACUAAUUGAUUUAAAACUGGAUUACCAGCGCAUGGGAAUUCCAAACGACUACUGGGAAAUAACGGAUGUUAACAAGGACUAUGAGGUUUGCAGCACAUACCCUCCAGAAAUCGUGGUGCCUCGAGCUGCCUCCAGGGCAGUGGUGAUGGGAAGUUCGAAGUUCAGAAGCCGAGGGCGGAUUCCGGUGCUUUCUUACUUGUAUAAGGAAAACAAUGCUGCCCUGUGCCGCUGCAGUCAGCCCCUGGCCGGGUUCAGCGCGCGCUGCCUGGAGGACGAGCAGAUGCUCCAGGCCAUCCGAGAGGCCAACCCCGGGAGCCCCUUCAUGUAUGUUGUAGACACGAGGCCAAAGUUGAACGCCAUGGCCAACCGAGCGGCGGGGAAGGGCUACGAGAACGAGGACAACUACGACAACAUCCGCUUCAAAUUCAUCGGCAUAGAGAACAUCCACGUGAUGAGGAGCAGCCUGCAGAAACUCCUGGAAGUGUGUGAAAUGAAAUCCCCCUCCAUGAGCGACUUCCUCACUGGGCUGGAGAACUCCGGUUGGCUGCGGCACAUCAAGGCUGUCAUGGAUGCAGGUGUCUUCCUUGCCAAGGCUGUGAGGGAGGAGAAGGCCAGUGUGCUGGUGCACUGCUCCGACGGCUGGGACCGCACAGCCCAGGUCUGCUCCCUGGCUGGGCUCCUCUUGGACCCCUUCUACAGGACCUUCAAAGGCUUCAUGGUUCUGAUAGAAAAGGAGUGGAUUGCAAUGGGCCACAAGUUCUCCCACAGGUGUGGCCACUUGGAUGGGGACCCCAAGGAGGUGUCCCCCGUGUUCACCCAGUUUGUGGAGUGUGUCUGGCAGCUCAUGCAGCAGUUCCCCUGCUCCUUCGAGUUCAACGAGAGGUUCCUUCUGGAAAUCCAUGACCACGUUUACUCCUGCCAGUUUGGCAACUUCCUCGGGACCUGCCACAAGGAGCGGGAGGAUCUCCGAAUCUUUGAGAAGACCCAUUCUCUGUGGCCUUUCCUCUUACAGAGGAAGCAGGAAUUGAGAAAUCCUUUGUACAGAGGGUUUACAGCUUACAAAGAGCUUCAGCCAAACACACUACCUUUCAGCUUCCAGUUUUGGUGUGGGAUGUACAAUCGCUUUGACAAAGGGAUGCACCCAAAGCAGUGUGUGUUGGAUCAUCUGCUGAGCUGCAUGAGCCAGAAGGUGCAGCUGGAGGAGGAUGCAUCUGAGCUGGAAAACAAACUUCCUUUCCUCGACGGUCCUUUGCCCGGUGAAGCUUCCUCCUUCCCCAAAGCAGGACAUGCUGCUCCCAGCACUCCUCAGGACUAUGGAGGGGCAGCACCCCCUGUGCUGAGCAAUGGGACCUCCCCAGGGGCUGUGGGCUCAGCUGUGGAGCAGAAGCACAAGGAGAACCUGUCCCACCACCACCAGGAUCUCGGCGCCUCCACGGAGGUGUCGGCCGGGAAUGCUCAGCACCAGUGAGGAGCUCUGAACUGUUGGGUGAAGCAGGCUCUGGUGGGGUGACCCCACGGGGUGCAGACCCCCCAUUUACAGCUGAGUGUGAGUACAGGGUAUGCUGGGGGAGCAGGUUGGCUUUGGGACACAUCCCUGCGCAGCUGGAGUGAUGCAGAGCUGCCCAGGAGGCUCCUGGAGCUCGUGUAAACUCGGGUUUUGGUGGAAACACGUGUGUUUUUAAGGUUUGUGGCUGCCUGCCAGCACUGGUGUUUGAAGCUGGAAGAAAUCCUGGCCAGUCAAUGCUGGGAGUUGGGCAGUCUUUGUAAGCAGAGGAGGGAGGAUGCAGUCUGUCCGUGCUCAGUGCUGGUACAAGGUCAUCUUAAAAUGAUCAAAAAUUCCAGUUCAUCUUAAAAUGAUAAAAAAAAACCCAACUCGCCCUUUCUUAGCUGUGAAUGACUCUCUGCAUGGACCCUCACCUUGUAGCAGAACUGACUCAGUUUUUGUUUCCUAUGCAUUUUUGUUACACAAAACCAAACCCCCUGUGCCUUUUUCUGAGGUUGUUCUCAUGUCCAGUCACACCACGUGCUGUUUUUAUUACUGUAGUGUAAAGUGUAGUGUUGGGUCUUUGUAGUCAGUAUUUCUAAGGAAGUUUUUACCUGCUGCAGCCUCCCCAGGAUCUUUGCUGAUGCCCCUGAGUUGAGUAGCUUCUCUCUAAGAUGACCUCUCCAAGAAUAAGUUGUUCUGGACCUCAUUUACUGCAGCAAGCCAGAGUCAUCCUGGAACAUGUGGAUUUUGGACCAGGGGGAGGAUUAGAAAUGAGAAAAGACAGGAAAACACUUCUGUGCAAUCUUGCUCUCCUAUUUUAUGGUCUUGGUUAAGCUGAAGCAAGACAGUGACUGUUCUAAGCUGGGAUCAAUGUGCUUUCCCCACGUCCACUGCUGAGGCAGCAGGUAGAGAUGAGCUGAAAAUGGGGCCUAAAAUGAUUUUGUCACUUGCUGAGCGAUUACAGGGAAUGCUGUCUUGGAUGUUAAAGUUACAUGGACUGCUGGGAUGUUCUGUCUUGUGCCAUCAGGAUGUGGUGAGAUGAACAGUGUCUCUCAUGGCAAUGAACUCGGUGAGUUUGUGACCCCUCAAGAGGAAAAUUGGGGUGGGAGC